GGCUCAACGCGGGCAGCACCCAGAAGGUGCUUGAGUCAUGGAGGAGUCUGCAGCUGUUCGACUCUGAGCUGCUCAGAGGCAUCGAAGACGAGCUUGAGGCACGCAAGAACAGGUGAGGGGGACGCAGGACUUCGACGUGCUUCCAGAGUUCUGACAUAUCUCCCGUGUCCUGCAGCCUCGCGACCGAAGCGCCGCACAAGCUGGCCGACUUUUCGAGGCAGGAUAUCCAGCGAAGGAUGGAAGAGGACAGGGAGAGGGUGAGUUGAGAUGAGGUGCAAGGCAGACUUGCGCGAGACUGAAUUUCUCCUGCAGCACAAACGCCUUCGAGAGCGGGCAUGGAUCCUGCCGGGCAAGUCAUACCAGAACAUGAUUGCGACGACGCAGCCGCUCCGCACCAGCACCCCCGCCGGCGCCUCCAGUGUCACCUCUUCGCUAGUUGUGCCCGCUACGCAGGCUGGGCAGGCGGCCAAGAGCUCAUCUGCGGUCCCGCUUGGCCACCAGGGAGGAGGAGGAGGAGGAGGAAGCAUCCAAGCGGGCAGCAUUGCGGCCGACGACGGGCAGGGUGGGCGACCGGCCGUCGUGGACGCCGUCGAUGUUGACUUCGAUGAGCUAUGGGAGACGAUCAGCGACCUCAACGACGAUGACCUCGAGGCCCUCGACGAGGACGAUGCGCAGUGGUGGGGCAGCAGCAGAAGAGCAAAGGAAGGCGCGCAGGUGCGAGACACAACUGGCAAGGACGCCAGAGCAGCACAAGACGAUGGGAGAGGGGACAAGAGAGGCGUGUCUAUGCUUGUGGAUGACGACGACGAAGAGGCCGCUGCUGCCCAGCAGCAGGGCCACCGGUGGAGGAGCUCGCUCACGGGGCCGUCUGGCUUCCGGCCCAUCACCACGGCAGCACGGCGUUGAUUGUACAAAUAACAUUGUCCGCCAGCAGGGACAAGCAGAGAAAUAAGGGAAAGAUCAGUGACUUCCUGGUCAUGAGCACAUGAGCAUCAACGAGAAGGAAGGAAGGAAGGUAAGAAAGGGAAAAGAUCAGCAUCGGGAGGGAGAUGCAGCGCAUCAUCGUGCAGUCGAAAAAUCUAAAGUGCCUUUACUUUAAAUCUCCGUGGGCUCGUGGUUCUU